AUGGGUUCAUCCAAAGCUUCUGGUCUCGCAAAGGAUUGCGAAUCAGCCGCAAAGACUCUGAAAACCUUCAUCGACGAAGGCAACGUCCCCAAGGAAGCCAUUGCUAACGCUCAGGGCCUGGCAAUCUUCUCUGGUUUCCGGGCCGCGAUGGCUUUUGCCGGCAGCGGUGGCUCCGGUAUUGUCAUUGCGCGUCUGCCGGACGGCUCUUGGUCGCCCCCAUCUGCAUUUUCCGUCAAAUCGGGCGGGAUCGGUCUCGCCUACGGACUGGAUGUGUACGACUGUCUCUGCGUUCUCAACACAAAGGCCUCUGUAGAGGCGUACACGAACGCCGAGAUGGAGCUCGGGACAAAUCUCGCUGUUGCUGCCGGGCCCGUGGGCGCCACUGCUCAGAUCAAAGAGCUCAAGCCUGUUUGGACGUAUACGAGAACACAUGGUCUCUAUGGUGGCUUGACUGUUGAUGGAACCUCCAUCAAAGAAAGGCCGGAACGCAAUGCCGAAUUCUACAGAUCAAAAGUCACUGCCGCCCAAAUUCUGCAUGGUGAAGUCCAGGCACCAGCCGAGGCUUUCGAACACACGGCAAAGCUGGUCAAAGUCCUGCAAUUGGUGGAGUAA